AUGGGGAAAUGUAAAUUUGCGGACUCCUGGUUGGAGAACGAUGAGUUUAAACCAUGGCUGAAGCCUGUCGCUGAAAACAACCGCGAGGCUUACUGUACUUAUUGUAAAAAGAAGAUUAGCGUAGCCUCGAUGGGCAUUAACGCUAUCAAGUCCCACAUGCAUGGUGCUAGCCACAAGGCCGCUUUUGGCCGCAGAGAGCAGUCGCAGCUGUCUAUCGCCAGUUUUUGUGCUCCACUACCACUACCUAACACGACAGCUGAACUUGUCAAAACAGCUACGACAGCGACCUCGCCCCCAUCAUCGGCCGACAUCAGGGUGGCUAUGGGCAGCACAUCAACGAUGCGCGCGGAGGUUAUCUGGUGUCUCAAUACUGCUGCGAAUCACCACUCACUGAACUCAAACGAAGGUAUUUCUGAUAUAUUCAAGUCAAUGUUUCCGGAUUCAGACAUAGCCAAGACAUUCACCUGUGGCAAGGACAAAACUGGUUACAUCAUGAGAUUCGGGCUUGCACCCUUCUUUAAGCAGCAGCUCGUUGACACCAUCAACAAAGCGGGCUCGUUUGUGUUAAUGUUUGACGAGUCUCUCAAUCAGUCAACAAAGAAAAAGCAACUUGACGUACAUGUUCGUUUUUGGGAUGAUGACUGUGUCCAAUCGAGGUAUCUGGGCUCUCAAUUCCUGGGGCACGGAACAGCUCAGGACCUGUUGCAUCACAUUAAAGAGUGUGUUGCAAAACUGAAUAUGAGGCAGCUUAUCUCCAUCAGUAUGGACGGCCCCAAUGUUAACUUGAAGUUGGGAGACCUUCUUCAGAAGGAGCAUGCAGAGCUGUAUGGAGCUCAACUGGUCAAGGUUGGAAGCUGUGGGCUUCACACCGUACACAAUGCAGUGAAGGCAGGCUUUAACAUGUGGCAGCUAGACAAGCUCCUUCGGGCACUCCAUUUCCUUUUCCACAAUGUUCCUGCUAGGAGGGAGGACUUCACUGCCUUGACUGGGUCCACCUGCUUUCCGCUGCCAUUUUGUGGCCACAGAUGGGUGGAAAAUCUCCCUGUAGCAGAGAGGGCAGUUCAAGUUUGGCCAGUGAUUAUGAAGUAUGUGGAUGCAGUCAAGCAAAAGAAGCUCCCAAACCCAGGCACUGCCUCUUACGACAUCAUUGAGGCAGCACAAGCUGAUCCCCUUAUCAUUGCCAAACUCCAGUUCUUCCUGGCAAUAUCCAGGACCUUCAACCCCUUUCUGACCAAAUACCAAACCGAUGAGCCAGUUUUGCCCUUCUUGGCAAAAGAUCUGAGUGAGCUGCUUAAGAGUCUACUGAGACGUUUUUGGAAGAGAGAGCUCCUGCAUGACCUCACCCCCCUGCAGCUGACCAAAGUCAAUGUGUCUGAUGAGGCGAACUGGGUCCCAGUUAUGAAUACUGAUAUAGGCCUGGGCGCUGAAUCUGCCAUAAGGGCAAGCACUUCAGACCGAGCCAGGAGGCAGGAUAGGGGAGCUUUCUGUGCUCAUCUUUCGGAGAGAGUGUAG